AUGUGUCUCUCCAGUUAUGGCUGGGAUGACUGCAAGGACAAAGUUAAAACGCUGUUCUGCUCUAGCUAUGAGGACCGUUGUGGCAAAGCUGUCAUGGAAAUGAAGAGUUUUGGCAGGGCAACUGAGUUUUAUGGCAAAAGUUGCACCACUUCAGAGGAAUGCAGCCAGAGAAAAUGUGACUCGCUCAAAAUGGGCAGCUCAGCGACAGUCACCAAGUGCGAUAUCCACUGUUGCAAUGACGACCUGUGCAAUGGAGCCCAAGUCUCGAUGGUCAGCACCAUCCUGCUGUUAGCAUGCUCUAUCUUAGCUUUUGUUAAGUGUCAAUUUUAAGAACUGAGGUGUAUCUUGUUGGUGGUAAAGAAGUAGGUUGCAAUACAGUGAUGUAGCGUUCCCGGACAAGCCUGGAAUUUUUCAGGAUCUUUUUCAACCGCGAAGGUUGUUCAUUUCACGGCGAAGAUCAUGUUCACUUUCAUAGAUGUUUUUAAUGUUGUUGAUGUUUUUCAAGUAUAAUUAUUAGUUUUCCAAAAGUACUUUUUGUACUUCAGUUCGUGUAAUAAAGAAUGAAAAAACACAAACUAACACUCUUAUGAACAUUAAAAUUAGUAAUAUAAAACUGUUCUAG